AUGCAGAUUCGAUCUUUUCUCAUUGCCGCGCUGGCUGCUGGUACAGCCACGGCUCACAUGAACAUGAAGGACCCUCCCCCACUGGCAUACAAGGGUAACCCGAACGCCAAGGAACCGAACAUCGACUACUCUAUCACUUCUCCCAUCACCAAGGAGCAAUACCCUUGCAAAGGUUACCUCAAGUUGAUUGGUACUCCCGAGGGUGCUUCCGUCAAGACCUACGCUCCCGGUGGCCAGUACUCGAUGAGCGUCGAAGGAGGAGCCUUCCACAACGGUGGUAGUUGUCAGCUCUCCCUGUCCUACGACAAGGGCACCACAUUCACUGUCAUCAAGUCAUUCAUUGGUAACUGCCCUACCGCCUCGGGUGGUACUUUCAACUUCAACGUCCCUGCCGACGCUCCUGAGGGCGACGACGUCGUUUUCGCCUGGACUUGGGUCAACAACACUGGUAACCGAGAAUUCUACAUGUCUUGCGCCAUCGUCACCAUCAAGGGUGGUGCCGCAAAGCGUGAACUUCCCAUGCCGAACAUGAAGCGCGAUACUGCCUUUUCCAGCCGCCCCCAGAUGUUCACGGCAAACUUGGACGGUGAGUUUUGCACCAAGGAAGGCAUCGACACUGUUUACCCCGAGCCCGGCCCAGACGUUGAGAACACGUCUACCAAGCCCGGCCCCGCAGUCUUGUGCGCCACUGGUGCCGAUGCUCCUUCGGGCGGUUCCGGUUCCGGCUCUGGCUCCGGCUCUGGCUCUGGUGCUGGUCCCAGCUCAUCUGCUGUCGCAAACCCUCCCGCUACUACCUCUGAAGUCGCUCAGCCCACCUCGACUCCCGCUCAGGAAUCUUCUUCGGCCCCUGUUGAGCAGCCUACCUCCGCUGCCGGCCCGCCCACAAUCACUGGUGGUGUUUUCGUGACUGAGCCUCCUUCCGGAGGUGCUACUCCUACCAACCCUACCCCUACUACUCCUACUCCCUCGACUCUGUCUACGGCAGUGGUUCCCUCUUCGAGCGCAGGAGCUGGCACCGGUGCUUCUUCCUCAGCUGUUGCGACGUCUCCCGCGGCAUCAUCCCCUGCUGGUACUCCCACUACCAGCGCCAAGGCUCCCAUUGCUACCGGUGGCGCCGGUGCCGGUGCUGGUGCCCAGUCUGGUGCUUGCACCAACGAGGGCGCAUGGGCUUGCUCGGCGGAUGGCGCUUCGUUCCAGCGAUGCGCUUCCGGUCAGUGGAGCGUGGCCAUCCCUAUGGCCUCGGGCACUAAGUGCACUCCUGGUAUCAGCAACACCUUCCAGAUCGGCCGUGUCCGCCGAAGCCGCGUUCGCCGCGCUGCUCAGAUUUAA